AUAUUCUCCCAGCAACUGAUUUCAAGCUACCAACUUGAUGUCACUAAACUUGGAGUUGGGAAGCGAUGUGCACAGUUGGUUCUCUGGAGCUGGUAGAGCUGGCUCUAGCAUACCACUGGGUGAAUCACACAUACUAAGAAAACCUACAAUAACAACAGCUCCAGCUAUCUGACUUCAUGUGAAAGAUGGCUAAUGCGGAAGUGAGUGUCCCAGUGGGGGAUGUGGUUGUGGUACCCACUGAAGGAAAUGAAGGGGAGAAUGCUGAAGAUACCAAAACCCAAGUGAUCUUGCAGUUACAGCCUGUACAACAAGGUUUGUUUAUCGAUGGACACUUUUACAACAGGAUUUAUGAAGCCGGAUCCGAGAACAACAGGGCAGUUGUGGCAGUAGAAACUCACACGAUACACAAAAUUGAAGAAGGGAUUGAUGCAAGCACUAUAGAAGCAAACGAGGAUAUGGAAAUUGCUUACCCCAUAACUUGUGGGGAGAGCAAAGCCAUUCUCCUUUGGAAGAAGUUUGUAUGCCCAGGAAUAAAUGUAAAGUGUGUCAAGUUCAAUGAUCAGUUGAUCAGCCCCAAGCAUUUUGUUCAUCUGGCUGGCAAGUCCACCCUGAAGGACUGGAAGAGAGCUAUUCGUCUGGGUGGAAUCAUGCUCAGGAAAAUGAUGGACUCCGGACAGAUUGAUUUUUACCAACAUGACAAGGUUUGCUCCAAUACCUGCAGAAGCACCAAAUUUGAUCUUCUGAUCAGCAGUGCAAGAGCUCCAGUGCCAGGACAGCAGACAAGUGUGGUGCAGACACCCACUUCGGCCGAUGGUAGCAUCACACAGAUUGCCAUCUCAGAAGAGAGCAUGGAAGAGGCAGGGCUGGAAUGGAACUCGGCUCUCACUGCUGCUGUCACCAUGGCCACAGAGGAGGGCGUGAAGAAAGACUCAGAGGAAAUUUCAGAGGACACUUUGAUGUUCUGGAAAGGAAUAGCUGAUGUAGGACUGAUGGAAGAGGUUGUCUGCAAUAUACAGAAGGAAAUAGAGGAGCUACUCAGGGGAGUUCAGCAGCGGCUUAUCCAGGCUCCCUUCCAAGUCACAGAUGCUGCUGUUCUCAACAAUGUAGCACAUACAUUUGGCCUAAUGGACACAGUCAAGAAGGUUUUGGACAACAGAAGGAACCAAGUAGAGCAGGGAGAAGAACAGUUUCUUUAUACUCUGACAGACUUGGAACGCCAGUUGGAAGAGCAGAAGAAGCAAGCUCAGGAUCCCAGGCUGAAAUCCCAGACGGUUCAAAAUGUGGUAUUGAUGCCUGUGAGCACCCCUAAGCCUCCCAAAAGGCCCCGGCUCCAGCGGCCAGCCUCUACCACCGUCCUGAGCCCUUCUCCUCCUGUCCAGCAGCCUCAGUUCACAGUCAUCUCACCCAUCACCAUCACCCCUGUGGGUCAGUCAUUUUCCAUGGGCAAUAUUCCAGUGGCCACCCUCAGCCAGGGCUCCAGUCCUGUGACUGUCCACACACUGCCAUCUGGCCCUCAGCUCUUCCGUUAUGCCACAGUGGUCUCAUCUGCCAAGAGCAGCUCACCAGACACAGUGACCAUCCACCCUUCAUCUAGCCUGGCACUGCUAAGCUCCACCGCCAUGCAGGAUGGGAGUACCCUGGGCAACAUGACCACCAUGGUGAGCCCCGUGGAGUUGGUGGCCAUGGAGUCUGGCCUGACCUCAGCCAUCCAGGCUGUUGAAAGCACCUCAGAGGAUGGGCAGACCAUCAUUGAGAUUGACCCAGCCCCAGACCCAGAGGCUGAGGAUACUGAGGGCAAAGCAGUCAUUUUGGAGACAGAACUGAGGACUGAGGAGAAAGUCGUGGCUGAGAUGGAAGAACACCAGCAUCAAGUCCACAAUGUGGAGAUUGUGGUCUUAGAGGAUUAAGUGGGGGUCUCGGGGCCAGGAGAUAUGUUUUGGUUUGGAAUUUUAAUUAUUUGUUUAUUUUUAUCAUUGUCCCACUCAUUUCCACAUAGGAUCCUUUUUUUUAAAAAACAAAAUCUUGUUGUUGUAACUGAACAGGUUGGGUCCCUUCCACCCCCUCAUUGAAAAAUGGACAAAACAAGCUGCCCUUCCGGAAGUUGAGAGUAGGUCACUCAAUGUCCUAAUCCUCUUACACCAAGAAAGUUAUUUCUUUUAGGGGAGGCAUCAAGAUAACCAGAAACCCUAUCCAGAAAGCCCUUUCCAGGCUAGUCUGUCUGUGUACACAUGUGGUUUUAUUCUCAUAAAGGUGCAUUGACCAAACCAGGGAACACAAAUCUGACCCUGGAAGGCAACCCACUCACACGUGGAUGCAGAAGGAGACUUUAUUUUGUAUCCUGGAAGGGGCCCUCAGAGGCCAAUGCAAAAGUCUGAAACAAAAGUAAGUUGCACUCUGCUUGGAGGGGAAGGUAGCGUACCAGCAGCAGCUUAAAAAGGGAAGUGCUUUGGCCAGGAUGGGGCAAGGAAGUUAUCUUACUUCCAGAAGUGCAACUGAUGCCUCUUAAUAUCUCUGAGGGUUACUAUCAUGGGUGCCAUUUUGAGGCAAGGCCAGUGUUAAGAAGGGUACAUUUCCACCGAGCAAGUGGCGUCAGAGGCCUGUGGCUUGGCAGAAAUAGAAAUCCAGAGACGUCACAGCUGUGCUUUGGGGUUCAGGUUCACCUUGCCCCCCACUUUGUCAAAACACUUACCCUCCUAGUCCAUUCAUUUGCAAACUGUGUGAUGUGGUGUAAAUUGCUGUGAUUCUUGGACUGUGGCUGUUCUCGGGGUGGGGCUCCAAGACCAUCAUUUUUAUUGCAUGACUCUAGGAGCAGGAGAGUUCCUCAUCCAGACCAGCUGCCCUUUUUUGUGGGGCCCUUUUUUGGCUUUGGAACCAAAAGCAGCCACUCAUUUGGUGCUUCCUCUGUUCUACCCUCCGUCCCUCAGUGGUUAAUGGCGUCUGUCUCCUGGAUCCCACGCUCUUCAGAUUUUUGGCUGAUUCAGAGAACAGUGACAGGUGCCUGCCUGCCUUCAUCCCCUUUUAGAUUCAUAUGUACCAUUGAUACCACAGAUAUUUCUGUGAGAUAUUGAGCUCAUAAAAAAACCUUAGGUUUGGCAGGGAAGACUCAACACCCCACCCUAUCCUGCGGCACCGAGUAGAUGUCACCUCCUGAGCGAGCUGGACUCCCUGGGAAAGAAGCAUUGUCUACAACAUUAUAUUAUAGGAAAUGUACCAGGAAUGUAAUAAUAAUAUCUUUGGGGGGGGGGUUAUUUUGUUUUCUUCUUUUUUUUUUUAAAUGUUUUUGUAUAUUUAGAGAUGGGCCCAUUUUACGUGCUGUGAUUCCUUCUCUUUGACCAUCUUCAGUGUCUGGGGCAAGAGCGGAGCCUGUUUUUUGUUUCUUUGAUUGCAUUGUUUACUGCACUAGGAAAAAUAUAGGGAAACUGCAGACAAUUUAAAAGAAAAAUAGGUCAAAAAAGAAAGCAUACACUUCAGGAGUGGGAGAGUCUUUUUUUUUUUAAUUAAAUACAAAACUUUGA